GAGAGAAUGAUACAAACAAUGUCAAUGGAUGUAGAUGGUCGUAUGGGCAUGGUUGAGUGCAUUCUCUCAGAGAACAAGGAGAAAUGGCUGGAAUCUAUGAUACAAGUUAAGAACAGAGUGAUUGGAAAUAAUAAGCAAAAAGAUGAAAUCAUUCACCAGGGGGUAAUUCCAAGGCUAUUACAAUGGAUUAUUGAUGAGGAUAUUCCGGUUGAACUGCGUACAGAGUCAGCCAUUGUUCUAGGCAGCCUGGCCAAGGGUACCCCAGAAAACAUCAGCUGUCUCGUAGACUCGGGCUGUGUGGCAGUACUACUCAAAGGGUUGUCUAGCAAUAAUAUCAAGUUUAUUGAAGCCUGCUUACGAUGUUUAAGGACCAUAUUUCUUAGUGAGAAUUCUCCAUUAGACCAGAUUUAUCAGGAUCCUACAGUAGUUCCCCAUCUCAUCAACAUUCUGUCUAAGUCCCUGUGUACUCAGGAGUGUAUCACUACUAUAUUCAGCAACUGCUGCAAAACAGCGGAGCACCAGAAUGCCUUGAGUAGGAAUGGUGCCAUUGCUGCUUUAGCUCCACUGUUGUGUUCUUCCAGUUACAAGGUUCAGAUGCCAACCCUCAAGUGCUUUGCUGUAUUAUGUUAUGAAAAUGAGAUGGUGGCCAAAGCUACAGCAACAGCUACUUAUAAUGGAGAGUCCAUUCCAAAUCUCCUGCUUCGCCUCCUUUCUCGAGACAAACCAUCAGAAAUGCAGAUGGCUGCAGCUAAGUGCAUGACUUACCUGUGUAGGGGUGGUGCCAUCCCAACCCAUUGUCCAACCAUUCAAAACAAGACCUUAUCCACAUUGAUUAGGAUGUGUAAGAAGGAUCGUACGUUAGAGGAGAAUGUGGAGGGGGCGGAGACACUGGCCUAUCUAAUAGAAGAGGAUGCUGUUCUACAGUACAUAGCCUCGAUUUCAGAUCAUAUCAUUAAGACACUGGCAGAUUAUCUCCGCUACACCAGUGUGCAGCAGAUCAACACCAGAUCAACAAACAGAAAGGUGAUAAAUUGGAGUAAUGAGUUGAAGCAGGCAGCAUUUAGGGCUUUUGCAUCUUUGGGGGCCAAUGAUGAGGAAAUCAGGAAAAAGAUAAUUGAGACUGAGAAUUUGAUGGAGCACAUUGUGAAUGGGAUGAACUGUGAUGAUCUCAAAGUACAGAUGGGUGCUGUGAGGUGUCUCCAUAGUUUGUCACGGUCAGUUCAGCAACUGAGGACCACAUUCCAGGACCACACUGUGUGGAAACCCCUGAUGAGUUUGAUGACCAGUGGUCCAGAGGUCCUUUUACCAGUGACCUCAUCCACUCUCUGUAAUCUUCUCUUAGAAUUCUCACCAGGCAAGGAGAGACCCAGUAGUGAAAGUCCAAGAAUGUCUGUAAGUCAGAAAAACAAAGCAUGCUUGGAGGUGGGAGCAAUCAACAUUUUGGCUAAGCUGACCUCUAGAUCUGAGGGGGACUUAAAGCUGAAUGGAAUCUGGGCUCUAAUGAACAUGGCCUUCCAGGCAGACCUGUUAGUGAAGAACCAGAUAGUGGAUACCAUUGGUACGGAGCAACUAUUCCGGCUGUUGUCUGAUCCAGAUCCAGCUGUUCUGAUGAAAACCCUAGGCCUGAUACGGAACCUACUGGCUGGAAGAAGAGAUAUUGAUAAUUUAAUGAAGAAAUAUGGAAAUCAGAUAAUGCAAGCUGUUGUCUUUAUCCUUGAGGGAGAUCAUGUAGUGGAAAUAAAAGAACAGACUUUGUGCAUACUAACAAAUGUGGCAGAUGGAGAUGAAGCAAAGGAAUACAUCAUGGGAAAUGAGGAUGUCCUGAAGAAACUCAUGACAUACAUGGUCCAUACCAAUGUGAAGUUACAGAUAGCAGCUACUUCCUGUAUCUCUAAUCUGGUGUGGAAUGAACAGGAAGGAGCAUACAGCAGACAAGCCAAACUUCGAGAUCUGGGAAUACAGAAACUGUUACAACAACUUCUCAGUGCUAAUGAUUCUACACUGUUUGAUAAGGUGAAAUCAGCACUACAGCAGUUUACAUGACAGAGAAUUUGGAUCGUUAAUGGAUAAAUAAUGGCCAGACAUUGUCUUUCAGUUGAAUUCAAAAGAGAAAGAACUAUUCCUGUGAAUAAGAGUUCAGACAUCUGAAUGUAAAUGCACAUUUUAUUUGCUGUAUUUUCAGUAAAACUCAAACCCACUUGUUCUUGCAAAAUUUGGAAUGAAGAGAGAAAUCUUGAUUUCAUGUACAAGUGGAUGCAUGGACAUUUUACUAUAGAGCAUGCAGAUAACUGGAUUAUGAACUUAUGAGCUGUGCAAAGAAAUAAAUGUGAAAAACAA